CGGUUGGCAUCACUGCCUGAUAUAAUAUUGUUUCUUUGACGGUGCUUUUAGAAAUUUGGAUGAAUUUACAGUCAAUUUAAAAUUAAUUAAUGCCUAUCUUGUGCCUUUUGUCGCUUGCCAAACUGAGGUCCCUUCCUGGCUGUAACCAUCGAAAUCCAUAUCCUGUCGACAAAUAUUUCCAAAUCUUGAAAAAUCAGAAAGGCUCAUUACAAGCUGUUACAGACUAAGGAUCUUCGGCGCCAUUGCAUGCAAAAAAUGGUAGCUCAUUUUGUGUAAUCCUUCUCUUCUUUUAUUUAACACUCGAGGAUCUCCCUCCUAUUUCACAAUCUAAUAUUCAAGCUUUUACCUUCAAUUUCAUUUUGUGUUUUGGGGACUGCUCAGCAGUUAAAGAGUUGGAUCUAGCUCUUUCAGAUUUGAUCUGCGCUUGUCUAUCAUUUCCAAUGUUUACGUAGGUUCUUGGUUUGAUAUUUUCUGGGUAUUGGAUAUAAUGGAAAUUUCUACCGUUACUUCUCCACGAAUGAGGUCAGAUCAUCUAGAAAAGGAACGAUUGAAGGAAACCCAUCAUGGUCAAAGUUUUGAGCUACAAUCAUCCCACGAUGCUACUCAUCCUAACCACCGAUUCCAUUCGACGAGUGUUUUAGAGAUCUUAAGAGAAACUGUUAGGAUUUUACGGUACAAUUGUUCUGGUUUUAUGAUCAUUUUAGCUUUGUUAAUUUGCCCUGUAUCUGCAGUCCUUAUGUCUUCUAAUUUGUUAGUUGGUGAAUCCAUUGUGUACACUCUAACUGUUAGGCUUUUGUUAGUUGCUAAAACUAGUGGAGUUCCAUUCAGACCUUUCAUCAAACAGUCGUGCCAACAUUUAGUUGAGACGGCUGUUUCCUCAGUAACGUGCUUCCCUUUGCUCAUUACGUUUAGUUUGUUAUCAAAGGCUGCUGUGGUUUAUUGUGUAGAUUCUACUUAUUUGAAGGAAUCAGCUGAUGUUUCCAAAUUCUUUGUGAUAAUUCGAAAGCUUUGGAGGCAGCUUGUUUCUUCCUAUUUGUGGAUGUGUAUGGUAAUUGUUGGUUGUGUGACAACUUUCAUCAUUUUUCUUCUUGUGGCAUGUAGUGUACUCUCUGUUCUUGGAUUUUCACCUGAUAUAGUUGUCGUUGCGAUGAUAAUGAUUGGGCUAGUUUUUGCAAUUGUUUUCGCCAAUGUUGUUGUUGUCUGCGAUAUGGGGAUUGUAAUGUGUGUGUUGGAGGAAGUUUGGGGAGUACAAGCAUUGGUUCGAGCCGGUGUCCUAAUCAAGGGGCAGACUCAGGUUGGCCUGUUGAUAUUUCUUGUAUCUACAAUUGGAUUGACAUUUGUGGAGGGGUUGUUUAAACAUAGGGUACAGACGUUGAGUUAUGGAGACGGGUCUUCUAGGAUCUGGGAGGGGCCUUUGUUGGUGAUAAUGUAUUCGUUUGUGGUGCUUGUUCAUUCCAUGAUGAAUACAGUUUUCUAUUUCAGUUGCAAAUCGUACACUUUCGGUGACCAUCAAUCAAUGUUGUUCUGAAUUUUUGGGUGUUAAAUGAUAUCAUGUACAUUGCUACGUGUAGAUUCGGAUACGGUUGCCAGUUCCAUUCUUGGAGUACUAAAGGAGAGGAGUUGUGGUUGGUUAGGUAGAACUCCAACAAGCAGGGUUUUCUGCUCAUGAGUGCUAAAGAUGAUCCUCUCAACCCUUCCAAAGACAUUCAUGGCUCAGGUGCAUAAAAUUUCUUGUAUUCUAAGAACAGACAUGAAACAAUUUGAUUCUAUCCUCGUACUUCCUUUUGUAUUCAUUGAGGGUGUGUUUGGUUGGGUGGAAAAUUGGAGAGAUGAGAAGAGGGGGUGAAAAAGUGAAAAGAAAAUAAAUUUUGAGUAUGUUUGAUUGAGAAAACAAGUGAGAGUAAAGAAAAUAGAAGGGAUGACCAAUUUUCAUCCUAAUGCAUAAAAAUUAUUUCUUUCAAAUUGGAUAGAUGAAAGGAGAGAAAAUAAGAGAGGUGUAUAUGCUAGUUCAAAA